AUGGGGACGAAGCUUCCAACGAAAGAGGCCAAUCAGUUCAAGCUUAUUGUGAAAUCGUACGAGACGAAGCAGUACAAGAAGGGACUCAAAGCCGCGGAUGCGAUUCUCAAGAAGUUCCCGGAGCAUGGCGAGACCCUGGCGAUGAAGGGUCUGAUUAUGAACUGCAUGGAGAAGAAGACGCAGGCUUAUGAGCUCGUGCGGAAGGGGCUUAAGUUCGACCUGUCAUCCCACGUGUGCUGGCACGUGUACGGGCUGCUGUACCGGUCGGACCGGGAGUAUCGAGACGCCAUCAAGUGCUACCUCAACGCCCUGCGCAUCGACCCCAACAACCAGCAGAUCCUCAAAGACCUCUCGCUGCUGCAGGUGCAAAUGCGGGACACGGCGGGGUUUGUGGAGUCACGGCGGCAGCUGCUGACCUUCAAGCCCAACCACCGUGCCAACUGGAUCGCCUUCGCCGUCGCCAACCACAUCAACGGCAGGCUGGACGUGGCGGCUCAGAUCCUGUCAGCGUAUGAGGGCACUCUGGAGGACGAGUCGCCUCCGGACGGGGAGAAGUACGAGCACAGCGAGAUGCUGCUUUACAAGGUGUCGCUGCUGGCGGAGGCAGGCAAGCACGCGGAGGCCCUGGAUGAACUGAGCAAGAAGCAGCGCCACAUUGUGGACAAGCUGGGAGUGAGGGAGCAGAGGGCGGAGCUGCUGCACCUUACAGGCCGUAGCGAGGAGGCUAGAAGCGAGUACGAAGCUCUGCUGGCGAUCAACCCGGACAACUACAAGCACUACGAGGGGCUGCAGGCGUGCAUGGGGCUGAAAGCGAGUGCUGCGGAUGGCAGCUACACGCCCGAGCAGCUGGAAAAGCUGUCGGAGCUCUUCAAAGGGCUGCAGGAGAACUACCCCAAGUCCGCUGCUGCUAAGAGAAUACCUCUGGACUUCCUCCAAGGGGCAGACUUCGAGGCUGCCCUGCAGCCGCACGUGAGGCGGUUCAUCCGCAAGGGCAUCCCCUCCCUCUUCUCCGACCUUGAACCGCUCUACGACCAGCCAGGCAAGGCGGACAUCAUGGACAAGGUCUUCACAGCCAUGCUGCACUCCAUCCGCUCCUCCGGCAAAUUCCCUCCUCUCAGUGACACGUCAGCAGAAGAGGACAAAGAGAACCCCUCUGUGCUUCUCUGGCUGCUAUAUCUUAUGGCUCAGCAUCUGGACAGGCGGGGCAAGGUGAAGGAGGCAUUGGCGAUCGUAGACGAGGCCAUCGCUCACACGCCCACACUCAUGGAUGCCUACCUGGUCAAGGCACGCAUAUUGGACAGGGCGGGGGACUUCACAGCAGCAGCGCGGCUGGCAGACGAGGCGAGGAGCUUGGACCUGGCGGAUAGAUACCUCAACUCGGAGGCCGUCAGGCACAUGCUCAGGGCGGACCAGGUGGAUCUAGCAGAGAAAACAGCAGCGCUCUUUACCAAGCACGGCGACCAGCAUGAGAACCUCUUCGACAUGCAGUGCAUGUGGUACGAGCUGGCGGGUGGAGACAGCUACCUGCGGCAGAAGAACUACGGGCGGGCCUUGAAGAACUACCUCUCAGUGCACAAGCACUAUAAUGACAUGAUUGAGGAUCAGUUCGACUUCCACACCUACUGCCUCCGCAAGAUGACCCUCAGGGCCUACGUCGCCACUCUGCGCUGGGAGGACCAUCUGCACGCCUCGCCCUUCUUCUGCCAGGGCGCCGUGGGCGCUGUGCGGUGCUACGUGGCUCUGCACGACCGGCCGGUGGUGAGGGAGGAGGCCAAGGAGGAGGACAAGGCCAAGAUGAGCGCGGCGGAGCGGAAGAGACUGCAGAAGGAGCAGCGGCGGAAGAAGGAGGAGGAGGAGGCAGCAGCGGCGGGUGCAGCGGCGGCGGCGGCAGCAGCAGCCAAGGCAGCCAAGAAGGGAGGCUCGGCCAAGCCUGUGGAUGCCGACCCUGAUGGAUUGAAGCUCACUGAGGUGGAGGACAAGCUAGCAGAGGCCUCCAAGCACCUCUCGCUGCUGCUGCAGCAUGCCGGAUCGGAGCUCUCGUCGCUGCAAGUGGCGUUUGACGUCUUCUCGCGGAAAAAGAAGCUCCUGCUGUGCCUGCAGGUGGUGCGGCGGUUGCUCAACGAACAUCCACAUGCACCCCUUACACACUCGUGCCUGGUUCGGUUCUUCCUCACAGUGCGUGACCUUCCCCCGGCAGAAUCAGAAUCAGAUAAAAUCAUCCGUGCAGUCAUCGAAGCUGAGAGGGCUGAUCUGGGUAUAUCUGAAAACCUGUCAGCAAGCUUGCAAGAACGCAACGAGGCCUUUUUGGAGGCACACAGAGAUAGCUUGCCGCACAGGGCAGCAGCAGCGGAGGCCAUGGCCAUGCUGGAUCCCUCCCUCAAGGCGCGCGCCACUGCCGUCAUCCACGACUCGCAAGAGCCGCUCGCCACAAGUGGCGGAGCAUUGGCGGAGGGAGUGGGCGAGUGGUCCCUAGACCAGUGCACGGCGGUGCAUCGGCUGCUGCAGGAAGGCCCUCUUGCUGAUGAGGCGGCUGCGCAAAGAUGGAACGACCGGUGUGCGGAGCGAUUUCCCUACUCGCAGCAUUUCGAGGGCAGCAAGAGCUCCGCGAAAGCACCACCACCGGUGGCUGAUGGUGGUGAUGAGGACGGGGAGGAGGGCAGUGCUGCUGGUGCUGCUGCUGGGGAGAACGGGGUGGUGGAGUAG